AUGGCUGGUAAUAGAUUUGAGGCAGAGGCGUGAGGUGAGCAGGUGUGUGUAUGAGCGCGUACGUCUCGCUCUUACAGACACAUCAGUCAGUCUGUACUCCCAAUGUUGCUUAAUGACACACAGCCAGGCAGACCUUCAACUGUCCUCUGUGUGUGUGUUGUGUUUCAGCCUACUCUGCACAGAUGGGUCUGAUUGAGACAACGCGGGGGCUGCUCCCAGGCGCGGGUAAGACAACCAGAAGUCAUAUGCACACAAACACAAACACACACCAGUUACCCUCAUGUCUUCUCAUGGUUUGUUUGGCAUAAUGAGUUCAACCUCUUUCCCUCUCUACGUCCUUUCUCCUAUAGGGGGCAGUCAGAGGCUGCCCAGAGCAGUGGGAUUUGCCCUGGCCAAAGAGCUGAUCUUCACCGGCAGGAAAGUGGAUGGACAGAGGGCUGUGGACAUAGGGCUGGUCAACAGAGCUACGGAGCAGAAUCCAGACGGAGACGCUGCCUAUAGAGAGGCACUGAGUCUGGCUAGAGAGAUCCUACCACAGGUUACACAAACACAAAAAAAUCGUACUCAUUGUUUCUUUCCAUUCCAUAGUGAUGAGUGAUUGAUAGGUGGUUAGAUUAAAUGAGUUACAAGGGAUGAGGGGAAGAGAGAUUAACACAUUGACUGAUUGCUUGGGUUUCAAUGAACACAAACACACACACUGACUGACACUGGGGUUACAUAGACAGCUGCUGUCUCUCUGAUCUCAUCCAGUCAGUUAGUACACUGUCACCAGACCAGUCAUACCAAACCAGGACACCAACUGACCACUGUAAGGGACAUGGACAACACAGUGUUUGAAACUGGGUCAUCUGCUGAGCUAAAGCCUUGGCAUUAUCUCAGGGAGCUAACACAAGUUCAGGUCUUAGACAUGAUUACUCAUCCUUCUCACCCCCAGUGUGUUCUCUCUCCAGGCUCCCAUCGCUGUGAGGAUGGCCAAGGAGGCUAUGAACAGAGGCAUGGAGGUAUGGCUGAUUUACUACAGAACCUUUACACAUGUUCUCAUGGCCGGACCACCACAUCUGGGGCGCGGCUAACUUCCUGCAAUUCUACACAUUUUUUCCAUGGGGCAGAGAGGAAAAUGUGCAGUUUUAUAGCUAAUCGCAUGCUAUUCUACAGUUUGCCACGAGGCGGAGAGAAAAUGUUGCAUUUUUAAAGCUAUUUUCCUGCAAUCCUACACAUUUUGCCAUUUCCUUACGAUGUGUUCAUAUGCUAUCUGGGACACACACACAUCCCAGCUCACACACUCAGUUCAUUAUCUCCAUGUAUUUGAAUGAUGACACCUGUCUCUGUGUGCUAGUAGUAGGUAUGUCUGUAACCUGUCUGUCUCGCUCAGGUGGACAUCACAUCAGGGAUGGCCAUAGAGAGGAUGUGUUACGCCAGGGUAAGAAGUCAAAUGCUCAUGUGCAUUGUCUGAGGUCAAACUGUAGUGGUUAAUCAUCUUUCUCUCGCUCUCUCCAGGUGAUCCCGACAAGAGACAGACAGGAGGGGAUGGCUGCCUUUAUAGAGAAGAGACCCCCACGCUACACUGGAGAGUAA